AUGAUCUCCCCUUAUCCACUACCGUUGAUAACUCAUUUGCUGUUUCAAUGCUGGUCUGAUUUUUCUCAAGUCUACGGUGCUUCUAAUGUCAAGGGACUUGAGCAACUUAACCACAUCUACGAGAAGUUAACAGACCGUUUGAAUGUACUCGUGAUCCUUAGCUCCAAAGUGUACCUUCGUCUCCGCUAUGCAGCCCACCUGCGGCAGUCUUUGCUACUUGCCGUCUAUCGGGUUCUUUCUCUUGCCCUUUGGAGCCGCCAAAGAGCGCUUCGGUGUGCGUCUUUGCGCUGUCUGCGGUACCAUCUCCGUUCGAGUUCUGAUGUCGACCUUUUUUUGACCAACCGCCUUGACGUCUUCUUAACAAGGUGUCUGGACCUGUCGUACGAGGAGGAACUCUUGACACCAUCGUCCACCACCAUUCGUGACCAAAAUGCUCUUCAAGAGAAGGACAGGAUACAGCGGAUGCUGCAACCCGCUGGCGCGUUUCGACGACGCGUAGAUGGGUGUCAGCCAGUUGGCGGCAAUGGUGUACUUCAGCGGCCCAUCCGCAUUGAACUUUAUCGCCCAUUUUACUGCGCGUCUUUGGGAUCAGAAAUUGACUACUUGCCGGGCUCAGUGACAUGUCCGCCAUCCGUCCUUACCCCACGCGGCGUUUGGUCGUUGUGUAGUCGUCCCCUCAGUGAGCCUGGCAACCUUGUUGUUUCAACAGAAAUCUCUCCACGCAAUGCAAUAACAUCCUCUGGCGAGCGCAUGAGUGUGCUUCAAGUGGCCUUCCAAUUGCUCCGACUCUCACCUCAGUCUUUCUCUCCUGAUCUGGUGUACGGACUGGCUGCUUCCCUGACAUCCACCUCCCACCGGUCGGCAGUCACUAGAGGAAGGGGCAGUGAUAGGGAGCGCGACGAUGAUUUCUUCCCGUUGUCACCAUCUAUUCAGACCAACACGACGCGAGAGCGUGACGUUUGCCAACGGGGUUAUUUGCUACUCCUCACCGAAUAUGUGGUGCGCAACUUCGAAAUGCAACCUCCACAAUCGCCGCAAAGUCUUUCACGUAUGUCGUUGUCCCAUCCACUAGAAGUUGCCAUUAAGUGUUUGGUGAGUUCGUUGCCCUGUUGCGGUGAAGUGGGUGAGGUGUAUAAACACCCAUCUCAACUCCUUGAGAUGCUCCUUCUCGUUCUUGUUCGAGUGUCUGCGGAGAGCCGACUUGGUCGCCGGCUGGUUGGUUCUUGGGUUUUUCAAAAGUGCGUCUCUCCUUUCAUGGCCGGUUACCCACUUGUCACCAUCCCAAGGUCACCGUACGACUCAAAUCCCUCCUUUUUGGCCGCAACCAGAGAUUCUCUCGUGUUUAUUCUCCGUUCUUGGCCAGGCUUGUUUUAUUUUCUCUCCGAAGGACGAAAUUGUCUGAUCUCCUUGGUGUCGUCUCUUGCUGUUGGCUCUUCAAAGCUUCGGAUUUUGGUGCUAAGCCUCCUGUACAACCUUUUUCCCGGUAUUCCCGCGCCCCUGCCCAAUGUGGCCGGCGAAAACACAAUCGACAAGGUCCUUGCUGGUCUCUCCUCAGCCCUGUUAACAGGACUCGCCUACCCUCUCGAGCACUUCCAGUCCAAGCGCCAACCCUCCGCCAACGAGUGCUUCCCUCCUUUUCCCUAUUUGGAUGGGGAUUUCGUCGUUGAAGAGGGCAUGCGUGUGUUUCCGGUGGUUCAGGCCGCUGGCACGGACAUUCUGGAAGCGCAUUCGUCUCUUCUCCUGUGCAGUCUCGUCGAAUCGGGGCUGUUUGAAGCCUUGGUUGCCGCUGUAAAUGACGAAUCACCUUACACCUCAGCUGCUGCUGGCCAGUUGCUCGGGAUUCUGGCAUUUCGGCCACUAACGCAUUCUUGGACACUCUUCUCUGAAUGUGCAUCGCAUCUGGAUUGUAGCGAAUUCUGCUCCCUGGUCUUGAUUGUUCCUUUUCGACGAGUGCAUGUGCCCUACUCUACAACAACUCACGUUUAUCACAUAUUCGAAAUGCCUUACUUUUUGCAGAUCAAUAGCCAACUACCUCUCGGUUCCCCUUGUGUGGCCCGUCUUCAGAGUGUUCGUCUGUUGGGCACAAACUCUCAGGCCGUUGAUUACCUCGAUCGAAUUCAUCGACUCUUACUAGACCUGCAUCAUUCAAGUCGCAAUUCCCGCAUCCUCGCCCCUCUUCAUUCGCCCUUCCUUGAGUGUCUUGCGGACCAACGACUUGGUCUGCGUCGGUCAUCACCUCGUACGCCGCUCGCCCGUACCUCCCCAGUGAAAAACGAAGGAACCAAUGUUGCCACGGUGUUACGAAAGACUGCCGCGUCUUCACGGUCCACGGUUUUGCCUCAGGCUAGUUUCGACUACUCUCCUCUGGACGAGUUCGUCGAAAAUAUUGUAGUCCAAAGUCGUGUGCUUUCGCUCGCCACCACGCCUCUCUUGACUAUCAAUUCAGCCACCACCACUGCGACUUCACUGCUACUUAAUUCAAUCAAGCACACAGCCAACGGCUCCAUAACGUCUCCUGUUUGUAAGAGUUCUCUUCCUUCAAACACCGGCGUUCCAACCAACAAUUACGGCUCAGUUGCAAGCGGAGUAUCCCCUGUCACGCCUUAUUCCUCGCCAUACGAGUGGAACUGGGAGCUCCUGGCUACGUGGGGACGCCGUCUUGCCCGAAUCGACACUGGUUCCGUGUUCUCUUGGAGGGAGCACAAUAGGCAGCUGUAA